GUCGGCCUCGGGAUCGUUGCCUGAGGGAGGGCGGGAACGGCGCGAGGCAGGAUGGGGCGGCCUUCUUUCCUUCCCUCAGGUGCCUCAGGUUGUCUCGGUGGCAGGGCCGGCCCGCCCUCGAGGCGAGCUGAGGUGGCUGCCUCAGGCGGCAGGGUUCGCAGGAGCAGGUGCGGACUCUGGUUAUAGGGCACCCUUCGCGAGGACAAGUUUCAUAUUCAAAAUAUUUUAUAUUUUGAUUUUGUUCUGUGAACCAUCCUGAGACUUCCAGGUAUAGGGCGGGAUAGAAAUGCUCUAUAUAUUGAAUUUAUAUAGUCAUAUCUCGAGUUGAAGUAGCUUCAGGUUAAGUAUUUUUGAGUUGCGCUCUGCGGCGACCCGGAAGUAACGGAGCGCGUGCAUUCCGCUCGUGCAUGCGCAGACGCUCAAAAUGAUGGCAUGCACAUGCGCAGAAGCAGUGAAUUGUGAUGCACGGUCGCGGGUUAUGCUCUGCUCAGGAUGCGAAUGCGGCUACGGAACGGAUCCUGUUCACAUCCAGAGGUACCACUGUACUGUAUUGCCUUAUACCCUAUUACAUACAUACAUGUAUAUAUAGAUAUAUAUACACACACAUACACAGUGCUUUUUUUCUUUAAAAAUGUUUAGGGGCACUCUCAUUUUCCUAUUCAUAUUGAAAUACUGCCCCUCAAUGAGGCCAAACUUAGAUUUUCAAAAUGUUUAGGGGUAUGUGUACCCUUUCGUCCCACCAGGAAAAAAGCACUGGGGUGGGUGGGUGUACACACACACACACACACAUAUAUAUAUACCACCCUUUAUAUAUCUAUAUAUACCACCCUUUAUAUAGCAAUAUAUAUACAGUGGUGCCCCGCAAGACGAAUGCCUCGCAAGACGAAAAACUUGCUAGACGAAAGAGUUUUCCGUUUUUUGAGUCAUUCCGCAAGACGAAUUUCCCUAUGGGCUUGCGAGUUUGUUUCCUUUUUCUUAAAGCCGCUAAGCCGUUAAUAGCCGCUAAGCCGCUAAUAGCUGUGCUUCGCAAGACGAAAAAACCGCAAGACGAAGAGGAACGGAUUAAUUUCGUCUUGCGAGGCACCACUGUAACAGCCUGGUUGCUGAUUUGCUACCGUGCCAAGUUACUGUUAGCAUGUAAACCACAUAAGAACCUGGAGCCGGUUUACCUACAAGAUCGCCUUACCCCACAAAAACCCAUUCAACUGCUUUGAUUGGUGGAAUUGGCGCUACUACAGGUGCCACGUAAUAACCGUUCUGCAUUUGUAAGAACAGGAUGAUUUAGUGUGGCAGCACUUGGGAACUCCCUGUCCAUUAGAGCUCAAGCAGGUCUCUAACAUCAGGGCACAAUGAAAGUAUCAGAUUCUAUCUGUCUGACUUUAACCCGGAAGUAACUGCAAGGGUGGCUGAGUUUUUGUCAAUAGUAUCUCUUAGAGUGGUAUCUCUAAGUAUCUCUUAGAGAAACACCAAUGAAAAUCCUCGUUAUUACAUAUUUUACAUGGCUGUUUAUUUGUAUAUACUCUUUACAAUUGUAUAUAUGGAUGUUUUAUGAUGCCCUAUAUUUGUAAUGCCUAAUAAAGGUUUGGCAAAGUAAAUGAUCAAGGAGGCACCUUCAUUGUACGUUUUUCGGCACCUGCUAAAAAACACACUCGUUUAGAGAAAAAUACCCAGAUUCUUAGAAAGCCAGGAUAAUUUUAAUCUGCUUUAGUAUUUUAACUUUUGUGAGUUCUAAAAGUAUGGUUGUGAUGUUUUCUUGAUUUUGUUGUUUUAUCUUUGUGUAAACCGCUUUGAGGUAUCUUUUUACAAUCAUGUCUCCUAGUGGAGACUUAUCAAGCAGACCCUGCCUUUGAGCACUCUUUCUCACUUUUAUCUAAUUAUCCAAAUUAAAGCUUCAGUUCUUGGCUUCAGAGCUGGGCCUAAGUUUUGAUCGCUGGCAUCUUUUAAACUUAUUUUUUAAAAAAAAACAACACAAUUCUGUUUCUAUUUUCUUCUUAGGAUUUGCCUCAAGUCAAAUGUCUCCACUAGAUGGAGACUUAACCAUUAAAAUGCUUUAAAUUGUUCACAUAGCAACAGUCAGUCAAAUGUAAAACUUGUAGACUAGUCACAGAGAUAGAUAAAUAAUUACAUGGGAUCCAAAUCAAAGUUUGCAUUCAAGUUUAAAUGCAAGUUGUUAAACUAAAAACAUUUGAAUUGUGAAAACUAAAUUUCACACGUAUGCAAGCUUCAUGACAGCUCUUUUAAGCUUGUAUCUAAAGUAAAAUUGCAUGUACUAUUUUACUAAUAGUCUUAAAUAUGAGUUAUAAAAAUAAGAAUAUAUGUUAAAUAACUCCCUAGACUAGAAGAUAUUUUGAGUUCAGUUGUCAUAUUUAUUUUCAUUUUUAAAAAAUGGUUGAAAGGGUGGAGAAAUCCCCAGCAGCAGUCAUUCAGGUGUGUACUGAAACACCUGUGCAUUUCUGAAUCCCUUUCUAAAUCCAGGUUGUCAGGUGUUUUACUUUUUAUACCAGAAGCCUGUGUGUAAAUCAUUUUCCAUCUCUAUUCGUAACAAAGCUUGGUUCUCAUGCUCUCCUCCUCCUUACCUGGGAUAUUAGUUUGGUUAUAGGGGAUUCCAUAUGUAUAAAUGCCCAAUUAGCAUUUAGGAUUCAAAUUAUGAGUUUCCUACACAACAUCCUUUUUAAAAAUGGGGUGUUGGAAGUUUCUGCUGUUAUAGGAAUUCUAAGGUCUCAUAUAUAUAUAUAUAUAUAUAUAUAUAUAUAUAUAUAUAUAUAUAUAAAAUGUUCAUAAAUUUACAAGGCAAACACAUACAUAAGUAUAUAAACCAUGUGUCUGAAAUAGUACAGGAGAGCAGUCCUGAAACCAUUUUGACUCUCCCAAACUGACCUCAAAUAUUUCUCUGCAAGGAGGAAGGAAAUGGGUGUCUUAAGGGUGUAUGUGUGUAUGAAUAGGGUGAGCCUGUGAGCUGGAUUCAGGAAUUAAAGCAUUUAAAGCAUUUACCAUCACAAUAUCCAUAAGGGAAAGGGAGCCGUUUUUUCUUAUGACACUACCCUAAAAGGAACACCCUGUGUCAUCAUUACAUUCGUGGUGAUGCACAGCACACUCCACAAUGGCAUCUACCACAGAGGCAUGCAACGACAAACUGGAAUGCAUCAACCACAUUCAUUAACCACAACUUGUGUGUCACCUUUUUACUGUAACGUUAUAUGGGUGUCAAAGUGCCUCUUGUAUAGGGACUGACUCUAUAAGGCCCUGGGCCCUUCACCCAAAUAAAAUGUUUAGAGGGGGCAUACACCACAAUCUUUUCUGCAAGUUGGCAACUUCCUCCCUCACAACCGUGGGCAGCCACCUCCCCACUAGCCGGAAGCUGCCCUCUUUUCCUGGCUUGGCUCCCCACAGCGGAAGGUGGUGUGGGGAGAGAAGAGCAGGAGGGGGAGAGGCCCCUCCCCAUAUUUUGUUCAAGUUGGUGCCUAUGGCCUCUUGUGCUCAUAUAUUUACAAAGCACCUUUCACAUUGCCUCUAGCUGUAAUGUGAGCAAUAACAGUCAGAAUUUCCAAAGUCUGAUAAGAUAUUUGGGUGCAGCUCUUCUGGGGAUAGCCAAGCCACUUGGGUGCAAAUAUAAACCAGCAGUCACUUUGGUUCUUUGGGUUUUGGAAAUAAAGGGUUAAGGAACUGUCUCAUCUCCCGGGACUGCUAUGCAAUCGCCUCCCUCUUUCCAGGCUGGGAGUUAAGGAGCAAAGAGGAGAAGAGACAAAACUGUCGCAGAACCAGGUGCAGGGCAGGGAGAGAAAGUACAGCUCUAGGCAGCAGGAAUAUGGGUGCCUGUUAAGUAGCUGGCCACACCCUGGAAACCAGAAGCACAGGUGGUGCUGGGGGCACGGCGGCACAUUUCAUAGCUGAAAACCAUCUAAAGGUAAGUUGAGUAGAACAGCUGCUUCACCUGGAUACGUUGAAAUGAGUGCAAAGUGUUGAAUUUCUACCGAAAGACGUGCUGGGCCAGAUCUAGAGCGCCCGGACACAAAGAAGGGCAGCGAGGCACCUCCAUGUUUAAGAGCUGUAUGAUAAGACAAAAAUCGGCAGGAGUUGCCAAUGAGUUUUAGUGAAAUAGCUUCAUGGACACUGUGAUUCAAGGCACAGUACCCACUCUGCCCAAUCCUACAUCUAAUCUGAUCUCUGGUUGACAUGGAUUGUUAUCACAUGGAUAACUGCUUUCCUUUACCUAAGGAUGGGGGUCCCAUCAGAAGCUGGUUAAUAAAGGCAAGGCUAUCCCCCAUCCAGGUGGCAGCAAGGGAGGACUGUAAAACUGAACUGAUAUGUGGUAUGUCAGUGUUUCUUGACACCAGUAUCUGGCCUCCGGAGCAGUUUAAGGUGCUUGUGAGAUUGCCAACUCUCAAGUAGAGUUACCAGCUUCCUUCCCAGCCCCUGUAGAUGUGCCUUUAAUAGUAGCUUUACCUGCAGAUAUUAACAGGUGAUAAUGUUCAUCACAUUGCUUUGUUAAGUUUGACCUGCUGAUUUCUGCAGCUCAAACAAGUAGAAGUGAGGGGUGCAAAUCAAGCAGCCCUACUUUGAAGUUCUCAGGGUCCUUUCCUUUCUCAGAGUCCUGGUCUAACUUGGGGAAUCAAUGCAGUAGUUGGGGUGCUUUAGGUUAAGCCUGGCUGGCUCAGGGGAGAGAUUGAACUAGCAGUUUCACAGAGACGCGCCCUCUCUUUCUUCAAAUAGAUGGGAUCAGGCUUGAGGACUUACUGUCCAGAAUUAUUCUUCAGUCAAGAGUUUGGUUAAUGUUUGCUUGCAGCAUACUAAGACUUCAGUCAAUGAUUGUGUAGCCCAGUCAACCGUUGCAGCUUUAGACUUCUAGCUACAGAGCUAAAGUUGGUGAUUAGUCAGCAUAAAAGUUCUAAACAGAACUCAGCAGGGACACUUCAUGAGGAACUGAGGUUUAUAUGCACCUGCACCCCAAAACGAGCUUUGUCGCCCUCAUAUCAUAUAUCUUCAUAACUGGCAGACUUUCCCCUUUGAGAUCCACAACCAUUCUCAGCAAUGAAAAUAAUUGGUUUUGCACACCUGGAUGCACAUGACAUUUUACAAAUAAGUAACUGGGAGUGUGCAAGCCAAACUAAGGUUUGGGCCACUCCAUAUCGUACCCCUCCUACAGGAGAGAGUCCUCUACAUGUGACAAAGAAUUGUGCUUGGCCCAGUGCUUUGUUUAGUUACAAGAUACCAUCAAGCACAGCAUCUCAUGUCUACUAUAGCCUGAAUAUGUAUACAUGGAUAAGGAACUGGAUUGUGCACCCCACAAUAAGCUUUGGGCCAGAAUUCUCUGGCUAUGGCAAUAUGCAAUGGGCCAAAGCUUUAGUAGGGGUACUGUUCCUUUUUAAGUUUUCCGAUGGAGCUGUACUCCAAUCUCUUAUACAGAUAACAAACUAGGAACUGUAAUCUUGUCCCAUAGAUUCUAUUAGGUUCAUAGGAGCCAACUUCUAGGGGCCAAGGGGUCUUCAGCCCCCCCCAAAUAUUUGAGGGUGCUGCUCCCCCCAAAGUUGAUGGGCAUUGCUAUUCACCAGCCACCACUGAAAAGCACCCAGUGGUCUAGCAGGGAAGGCUAUGAAUGAUGGCAUGGCUGCGAUGGGCCAGUGAAGGACUCUUCUAAGCCACUGGGCCCUCAGCUAGUGCCCAGUCUGGUCCUAACCGGUUUGCCUGCCUCAUCACUGAGUCAUCCCAUAUAGCCCCAAUAUUGCAAGGAGCAGAUAUGUAAUUCUCUCAGUAGCAGUUUUAAGGGUUGACAUUUGUGUGAGUUUAGUGAGGUGUUUUAAGAGUCCGUCAAGGGAAUGCAAGUUAGGGGAAUGUAAAGUCAGGGGGAGGGAAGGCUGGGUCAAAGUCUGUGGGAAUAGUUCAUAUGCAGGCCAAGGAGCCAAAGUUGGAGAACAGUAGUUUUGGCAACUAGCAGUGGUAGCCCCCAAAAUCUCCUAGGCUAGGGGUGAGGAAGCUCUGCCCCAAAUGUAGUCCCCUAAGCCUGUCUGUCUUGCCCAGGGACUCCCCACAUCAUGCUCCCAUACCAGCUGGACCCACUCUUCCCAGACCACACCCCACUGACCCUGAUUCACACCUUCCUGUUGUGUUGUGGCUAUUUUGAAAUAUUUUUAGAUGUUUAUGGUGCCUCUAAAUGCUCUUAAAACCUUUUAAAAUAUGUUUGAAUUUUGGCAUUCAUUGCAUUGUUUUUACCACUUCGCUGUUUGCUGCCCUGGGCUCCUUUGGGAGCGUGGGCGGAUUAGAAAUGUAAUUAAUAAAAUGCUAUAAAAUAAUGCAUAGUUCCACUCCAAGAGACCCUGCGAAAGGACGCUUCCUUUGUCAGGCCUCCAAGCCAGGCACCCAGUUGAGGCUUUUGCUUCCUGUUCUGCAGGAUGCACCAAGUGUGCUCAGCAGCGAAGGCUCCUGGUGGAGAUUCCUCUGAGAAACCAAAGCCAGGCACUUCCGAGAAAAGAACAGUUGCUGCUGUGCUGCUAAGCAACAGCUUCGGCUUGUCUUCAGCAACAAGGAAAACAAGGGCCCAAGCUGAGCAACAAAAGGACACUAGCAAAAUGGCCCAGCAAAGCAGCAAAUACAAUUGUUGCCAGCAGUCUGGUGGCAAGCUGUCCUCACCCCCUUGGAGACCCCAAUCCAGAACCAAAACACUCCAUGUCUGGAUUUAGGUACAGCCACUACAGCCUUGACUGAGGGGGUCUUACAGCCGUUCAGAAAUCUUCCAAGGAAGAUACGGGGAGGCUUGACACAUGUGAGGGCUAGAACUUAGCUGUUUGCCUUGCUUUCAGAGUUGCUGUGCAAUAAGCACGUAGGAGGGGACGCGGGUGGCACUGUGGGUUAAACCACAGAGCCUAGGGCUUGCCGAUCAGAAGGUCGGCAGUUCAAAUCCCCGCGACGGGGUGAGCUCCCGUUGCUCGGUCCCUGCUCCUGCCAACCUAGCAAUUCAAAAGCACGUCGAAGUGCAAGUAGAUAAGUAGGUACCGCUCCGCCAGGAAGGUAAACGGCAUUUCUUUGCACUGCUCUGGUUCGCCAGAAGCGGCUUAGUCAUGCUAGCCACAUGACCCGGAAGCUGUACGCCGGCUCCCUCGGCCAAUAAAGCGAGAUGAGCGCCGCAACCCCAGAGUCGGUCACGACUGGACCUAAUGGUCAGGGGUCCCUUUACCUUUACCUUUAAGCAUGUAGGAGGCCAAUACGUGAUAACUAAUCUGAUGUGUGCAGACAACUACACAGACACUUGGUAUAACGUCCCUGGCUCUGAAAUGGUUUGUAGCAGGUUGGAAAUCCCAGGGAAGGGAUACCAAUUGAAUACAGGAGUGGCAAGACAAAGUCAAAAGGAAAAGGGAGGCCUUGACAAACUUACUGGGGGGUGGCGAUAGCAGUGAUGUUACUUGACCAACUUUUCAGUGACAAAAAGUUAAAAAGGUAAACGACCCCUGGAUAGUUACAUCCAGUCAAAGGCGACUGUGGGGUUGCAGCGCUCAUCUCGCUUUCAGGCUGAGGGAGCCAGCGUUUGUCCACAGACAGGUUUCUGGGUCAUGUGGCCAGCAUGACUAAACUGCUUCUGGUGGAACGGGACACCAUGACAGAAACCAGAGCACACAGAAACACCAUUUACCUUCCCACCGCAGUGCUACCUAUUUAUUUACUUGCACUGGUGUGCUUUCAAACUGCUAGGUUGGCAGGAGCUGGGACAGAGCAACGGGAGUUCACCCCAUCGCGGGGAUUUGAAGCGCCAACCUUCUGAUCAGCAAGCCCAAGAGGGCUCAGUGGUUUAGACCACAGCACCACCCGCAUAGCCAACUUUCUUGUUCUCACCACAGAAUGGCUGAAAUCCUGUCUGAUUGGUAACUGGGCACAUCUAUCCUCUGUAAUAUCUGCUACCAACUUUGCAGACAAAAACAUAACUCAUCAAGAUUGGGUCAGCCCCACGUGCUAUGUGUCUUAGUUGUAGUCUCAACAUUGUGAUACUGGAGACUCAGCAGAGAGAGAGAGAGAGAGAGAGAGAGAGAGAGUCCCCAAACAGCAUUACUUGCUGGUGUGGAAGGUUUGUUCCCAUGUCCAUUCCCAUGUAGGGCCUUUCCUGCCACUUGUGUCUUUGCUCAGUGGAUGAUGUGGUUGCAACCCUUUUUGCUGAGUGAUUCAGACAUAUUUCAAUAAUAAUAAUAAUAAUAAGAAGAAGAAGAAGAAGAAGAAGUUAUUAUUUAUACCCCGCCCAUCUGGCUGGGUUUCCCCAGCCACUCUGGGCGGCUUUCAACAUAAUAUUAAAAUACAAUAAUCUAUUAAACAUUAAAAGCUUCCCUUAAACACGGCUGCCUUCAGAUGUCUUCUAAAAGUCUGGUAGUUGUUUUUCUCUUUGACAUCUGAUGGGAGGGCAUUCCACAUGGCGGGUGCCACUACCGAGAAGGCCCUCUGCCUGGUUCCCUGUAACUUGGCUUCUCGGAGCGAUGGAACCACCAGAAGGCUGUUGGGGCUGGACCUCAGUGUCCGGGCAGAACGAUGGGGGUAGAGACACUCCUCCUCCUUCUAACUGCUAGCAAUAUUCAAUUUUGCCACCACUAAUACUUUUCUUUAUCCUGCAUCCGUCCUUCCCUGCAAGGGUGCCAACUUGAAUAAAAUAUUGAAGGGGGGGGCCUAGGCAAGCCCUGCACCACAUAAUCGAUUACAUGAUGCGGUGCGCACACACCAUUUGAAUGGCAGUGCCCAUCAACUGGGGGGGGGGAUCCCCUCAAAUAUUUUAUGGGGGUCCCAAAGACCCCCUCAGUCCCUAGGAGUCGGCCCGCAUGCUUCCCCUUGAACUUGAGUGUCAAUUUCAGAUUUAAUUAUAAUUUUCAAAUUAGAUUCAGAGAAUUGCUUUGGAAUACUGAUUAGCGUUACAAAUGCCAAGCUGCAGAUCCCUCAAAAUAAACUGCAGAUUCACAACUAGCGGGUGCUCAGCUAAGCAGCUGCCUCUGAAAACUCUUCAUGAGCAGAACACCCCAGGGCUGGCUGAUGCUUCACCCUGCUGGUUUUUUAAUUUUUAUUUUAAGUAACCACGUGGCAAAAUAAAAGAAACAUUAAAUGUUGGGUCCUCUCUUGGCCAUCAUGCCAAUGGCAAGUAUCGGGUGAAGUCUAUGCAGCAGAUUGGAACUCUGUUGCAAUUUCAAUAUGAAGCAAUUGCAGUGACAAUCUCAGAUCUGGUCAACGGCUAAGCAUGGGAUUAACUUCAUCCCUUUCAGCAUCCUGAAAGAAUUGCCUUUGAAGGAACCUGCAAUUAACCCAGCAAGCACAUGUAUGGGCAGCUAGCCUAGUGGUGCGCAGCUUAGCAGCUUAGGGACUCAGCCUUUCCCCCACUGCACUCCUGGAGAAGAAAGGGUCAAAGUGAGCAGAUAGGAAGGAAAACAAAUGUUCAAGAGGAUGAACCACCCACUCUCACUAGUAAGUGCUGUUGUUUCUCACCUCACUCCAAUUUUCAUGCAGUAGAAGGGUGAAGAUGGGAAAUGGUUGCUUGAUUUGCUAGCAAGCAAUGGAAGAUGUUGGGUUGGGGUCAGGGGUGCUAACUUGAAUAAAAUAGGGGGGCAGGGCUCCUGCAGAAUCGAUCACAUGUCGUGGUUCACGCACACCAUUUGACUUCCAAUGCCCAUCAACUUUGGGGCCCCCCGGCUCAGUCAAGUAUUUUAUGGUGGGGGGAAGGAAUCUCAGCUCCUAGGAGUUGGCUCCUAUGGUGGGGGUGGGAUGAGUAGUUAACCUUCCAACACCUAUUCCUGCCCAAAACAAGCUGCCUGUAGAAGUAGCUGCUGCUGACCUAGCCAAAGCCAGCAUUACUUACCUGUGCAAAUGUCAGCUCUUCUGUGGUCUCUUCACCUAGAUGACAAACUCAGGACUGGUCAAUGGCUAAGCAAUGGCUUCAUCUCUGCUGCUACAGGUGCAGAAAGAUGGUUUGCUUCUCCCUUCUGAAGGUGAUGAUGUUUGUAUUCAACGGCAUAAUAUUUGUGAGUAUGCAAGGUGGAUGGUGAGUAUGCAAGGUGGAUGGGAUGCGGGUGGCGCUGUAGGUUAACCACAGAGCCUAGGGCUUGCCGAUCAGAAGGUCGGCGGUUCGAAUCCCCACGAUGGGGUGAGCUCCUGUUGCUCUGUCCCUGCUCCUGCCAACCUAGCAGUUCGAAAACACGUCAAAGUGCAAAUAGAUAAAUAGGUACCACUCCGGCGGGAAGGUAAACAUUGUUUCCAUGCGCUGCUCUGGUUCGCCAGAAGCAGCUUAGUCAUGCUGGCCACAUGACCCAGAAGCUGUACGCUGGCUCCCUCGGCCAAUAAAGCAAGAUGAGCACCACAACCCCAGAGUCAUCCGCGACUGGACCUAAUGGUCAGGGGUCCCUUUACCUUUACCUUAAGGUGGGUGGUAGCCCAGGAUGGCGCGGCGGGGUGGGCCAAGCAGUGGAACAGAUUCAUAAACUUGCACCUGUGCAAAAAGUGUACAAUUAUGAUGGAGAAGAUCAAAGCUGAGUUGACCCUGAGCCAGUCAUUAUCCCACUCCUCUGAUUACCAUUGUGGGUGAGAUGGGAGAGUUUGCAAACAAGCCUACCAACUCCAUCCCUCCUUCAUGCCCCCAUCACCGUUCCCACAGCCCUCCAUGUAUAGGGGGCUGAAUGUCUGCACUAGGGUUCUUGCUGCACUGAAUUAGGAUCCCUGCACCAUGUGGUACCUUGAUCUCCCAGGUUUCUUCUGCUAUUGGGCUCCCCAAUCACACACACACUCCAAAUGUGGGAGGCUAUGGCGGCUGUGUGGGGGUGGGGUGGGCUUUCCUCCUCAAGUGAUGGUUAUUGUGUGUUUGUUUAUAUGGAGAGUAAAAUGAGUGAGUAAGGCCUAUUGUGAAAAUACCCAAAGUAGAAAAGCUAUCUUCAUACAUUCCAUGGUUUUUCUUAAAAGGGACCCCUGACCGUUAGGUCCAGUCAUGACCAACUCUGGGGUUGCGGCGCUCAUCUCGCUUUAUUGGAUCAAGUACGGUUAAGAUGUAUGUUUGUUUGUCUGUCUAAAAAUUUUGGAAAACCAAUAAAUUUUUUUGAAAAAAAGAAGUUUUCACCACUGAAUUUGGAAAAAAACACUGUUUAGAAUGCUACCUAGCUUCUAUAAAGGUAAAGGGUAAAGGGACCCCUGACCAUUAGGUCCAGUCGUGACCAACUCUGGGGUUGCGGCGCUCAUCUCGCUUUAUUGGCCGAGGGAGCCGGCGUACAGCUUCCGGGUCAUGUGGCCAGCAUGACUAAGACGCUUCUGGCAAACCAGAGCAGCGCACGGAAAUGCCGUUUACCUUCCCACCAGAGCGGUACCUAUUUAUCUACUUGCACUUUGACGUGCUUUCUAACUGGUAGGUUGGCAGGAGCAGGGACCGAGCAACAGGAGCUCACCCCAUUGCGGGGAUUCAAACCGCCGACCUUCUGAUCGGCAAGUCCUCGGCUCUGUGGUUUAACCCACAGUGCCACCUGCGUCCCACAUGGUUUUUCUUAGGGCACAGCUAAAUGUUGCAAAGACAAAAACCACACGAUUCCAUUCAACUGCAUAUGUCUUUUAUAACGGGGCGUUCACUGGGGAGAAAUAGGGAUUGGAAGGGAUGCAAAUGCACCCCCAGGCUUAUUGUAUUGUCUUCCGCACCCCCUCAACUGGACACAAAGGCCAGGAGAAAAAGGCAAACUGUGUGGGGGAAAAACGCUUGGGAGAAUUGGCAAGGGGGAAAAUGGUUAAGCCCCCUCUCCUACCUGCAGAUGCCCCAAGCCCUGUAUUUACUGGCAUACAUGUGAUUAGGAACAUGUAUUAACAUGUUAACAUCCUCAAAAGUGGAUGUGAAGAGUUAAGGAAGCUGGAAACCUCUCUAUAUGUACAAAAGCUAGCGGAAUGACAGAGUUCACUGCAGAAUGGCAGCUUCCUAGAUGAAAAAUGGCACUUUCUUACCUCUGUUCUCUCCCUUGCCUGUCCAGCUGGGGGGCCUGGCUUUGCUGGGCAUUGGCAUCUGGGUGAAGGUGGACGGCGGUUCCUUUGCGAAGGUCCUAGGAGCCGCAGCUCCACAGUUAAUGCAGCUGAUCAACGUGGGCUACCUGCUAAUUGCUGUUGGCACCUUCCUCCUUCUCAUGGGCUUCAUGGGAUGCUGGGGGGCCGUGAAGGAAAGCAAAUGUCUGUUGCUUGUGGUAAGUGCCUUAAUUAAAAUUGGGAAGGAAACUCUCCCUGGGCCAGGCUUGGGUGUCAUGGAACUUCUGCUCGGCUACGGGAUUACACAAGGGCUUUUGCACAUUCUGAGUGAAAUUUGUGCAUCUGGGUCGAGUCUCUGAGUGUUAGCAGCAGCUAGUACAUGGGUAGGCAAACUAAGGCCCAGGGGCUGGAUCCGGCCCAAUAACCUUCUAAAUCCAGCCUGUGGACGGUCCGGGAAUCAGCGUGUUUUUACAUGACUAGAAUGUGUCCUUUGAUUUAAAAUGCAUCUCUGGGUUACUUGUGGGGCCUGCCUGGUGUUUUUACAUCAGUAGAAGAUGUGUUUUUAUUUAAAAUGCAUCUCUGGGUUAUUUGUUGGGCAUAGGAAUUUGUUCAUUUAUAUAUUUUUUUCAAAACAUAGUCUGGCCCCCCCAUAAGGUCUGAGGGACAGUGGAUCGGCCUCCUGCUGAAAAAGUUUGCUGACCCCUGAGCUAGUAGCUCCAAUAUACCAUCAUGCCUAGGGGCUCCUAAGGGGUUGAUGCAUUUGAGCAAGGCCCCUGAAAGUGCUUUUUUCCUAGGAAAAAUGGUGCUGGUAUGCACCAUGCAAGGAAGAGCUCUCAGCACUGGUGAAUGAACGUGGGGGCGGGGGGGAGUGCCAUUCCGGGGGGUGCCAUCGCGGCCGCCCCCGUGACGCGCACCGCUCGCUGCGCACGCCUGUGCCUGGUGCCACGCCCCUACGACGUGUGCCAGCCGCGCCCCCGGCUGUUCACUGCUCAGGGUGGCAGAGCAUGUUGCUCCGCCAGUGGCUCUCGGACCCUGCCACAGCAUUGUGGCUCCCUCCUUAAGCUGGGCAGAAGCUUCCUAGGCUUUGGGAAAGAGGCAAGAGAUGUCUGACAGCAGCCCUUGUAGCCCUCCUGUCUCCUUUCCAAAGUUGGGCAGGCUUUGGGAAAGAGGUGUGAGGCUCUGAUUUGGGUUGGGGGGGUUGCUAGUACUGCAUACUACCAGAAAAAAGCACUGGUCCCUGCACUUCCUGAUCUUUGCAGGAGUCCUCCCAGGCUUCCCUGCACACAUUCCUCUCAGGUCAGUAACAUGUAGAGCAUUUAGCAUGGAUGCCUUCUGAUCGGCAAGUCCUAGGCUCUGUGGUUUAACCCACAGCGCCACCCGCAUCCCUAAUAUACAUCUAGUCACUGCCAAUUUGAAAACUUGUGGGGCAGGAGGAGGCUUCAUAUUACACCAGUCAAAUAAAACCUCAGAAUUAAAAAGGAAAAGUAAAAAGAAAUGGAUGUUGCCCUCCCACAAAAACCUAAUUUUUGCCCAGUGUGAAACAUGAUAACCAAAGCUGGUAAUGUUUGCUGUUGUGCACUUCCAGGGAUUUUUUUUAAAAAGGUGUACACUUACAGGUACAGAAAUACCUGCAUGCGUGCAUGACCAGAACAGAGAACCUCUCCUGGAGGUUGGGGAAGGAAUGAUUGAGAGAAGGGCCUAAAAAAACACAACCCGGGUACAUUCUGUUAAGCUUCACUUGUUGGUAGGGAUGGCAUUGCAGAAUAGCAAUUAAUAUCCAUGGCUAAAAAAAGACCCCAGGAAUGUGCAAAGGUGGAAGGAAUUUGUCACAGAAAAAUCUGAUUUUAUGACUCGUUUGUGAUAUAAGGCUCCCCUUUCAGAAGCACCUUUAAACUUUCAGUUAUAUUGAGAAUGAGUGAAAUCUGACCUUUUCCAUAGGUGCACAUAGACUCUUUUGAAAAGCUAUUGCAGAGAAAGAGCAACUUUGGCUCCCAGGAGGCUGAACUAAUUAGAUUCAGCCAAUGUUAACAAGACUCCCUUGGUCAGGUGGGCGGUGAACCGACUGCCUUUGAAGUUUUGAAUUCACUGAACAUGUUCAUAAGCAGUACAAAGGCCUCUCCAACCUACGUUCUUUAUAAAAGAUCAUAAUAUAUAGCCAUCAGAGUUUUAAAACUUCAGAGGUAAAGGGUCAGGCAUAAUUUAUAGGUGACUUAAUGGGCAACUGCAGAUGUUAUGCUAAACCAUCGUUUAACAUUCCGAGAACAAGCUGCCUUGGUUUAUGUGCCCCCAGCCACAAGCAGGAGCCUGGAAGCUGGUGAAAAUGAAUGGCAACGUUUUUCUUCCCCCAGACAAAUUGUAGUACAUCUUUGUUUAAAACGAGCCAUCUUAAAACCAUAAGAUUCUGAAGCUGGCUUGUUUCUACAUAGCUAAGAUUAACCAUAGUUUAGAAGCUGGGUUAAACCACAGAGCCUAGGACUUGCCGAUCAGAAGGUCGGCGGUUCGAAUCCCCGCGACGGGGUGAGCUCCCGUUGCUCAGUCCCUGCUCCUGCCAACCUAGCAGUUCGAAAGCACGCCAGUGCAAGUAGAUAAAUAGGUACCGCUCCGGCGGGAAGGUAAAUGGCGUUUCCAUGCGCUGCUCUGGUUUGCCAGAAGAGGCUUAGUCAUGCUGGCCACAUGACCCAGAAGCUGUACGCUGGCUCCCUCGGCCAAUAAAGCGAGAUGAGCGCCGCAACCCCAGAGUUGGUCACGACUGGACCUAAUGGUCAGGGGUCCCUUUACCCUUUACCUUUAUAGAAGCUGGGUAGCAUUCUAAACAGUGGUUUUUCCAAAUUCAGUGGUGAAAACUUCUUCUUUUUUUCAAAUUUUUUUAUUGGUUUUCCAAAAUUUUUAGACAGACAAACAAACAUACAUCUUAACCGUACUUGAUCCAAUCUUAGUGUCAGGGAACUGCCAUCAGUGCCGGAGGGAGAGAGCAAAAUCCAGAGGGAUUCCAGAGAGCGUCCCGGGAUUGUGAGAGGCAGCCCAUCUUCUGGGGAAGAGAAUCAGCGUAGCACCAGUGGAGAAGGGGGGCAGAUGGGGGAAGCGGCGAGGCGGUCCCAUGACUCCUUGCCGGGGACCAGCGGGGAGAGUAGAGGUCCUCCGCUGCCUACGCCCUCCUUGCGCAGAAGGCUUUCGCGCAGAGAGAGUAGGAGGAGACUAGGUGUCAAAGAGCUUCUUUGCUGGAAGAAGUCCAGCUUCUACCUAGGGUUUUAAUAGGUCAUAAGAUUAUACAGCGAUUGAGACAGCCACGGGUGAGUGGCUGUCCGGACAGAAAAGGUUCACUCAGGCAACCCAGCCAGGUGUUUGCACCGGCUUACGCACGAGCAACCCCAGAACCACUACACUUAGUAACAUUGUUAAGUGACUUCCUCAAAUCCCCCUGGCUGAAUUUCAGUGUAUAUCAUUGUAACAGUUUUCCAAAACCUAUUUUCUCAUAAAAUUAACUUAAUCACUUAACCUCUUACUUUGUUUUCAUUUUAACUUUAAACAUAUUAUUCUCUAAAAUUACAUAAUUAAAUCCUAAGCCUAUCUGGAAUUUGGAAGUUUUUCCAAUUAAGCUAUCUUAGCAUAUUUAAGUAAAUAGUCUUUAAAUUUCAUCCAUUCCUCCUGGUACUUCUCCACCUUUUGGUUGCGGACUCUUCCAGUCAGAUCAGCUAGCUCCGAAAAGUCCAUCAUCAUCUUCAUCUGCCAUUCCUCCACUGUCAAGACUUCUUCUGAUUUCCAAUUCUUAGCUAACAAAAUUCUAGCUGCAGUUGUGGGAAAACUUCUGAUCUCUUUGUUGUGCUUGUGGCACAGGGUGUGGAAGGCCAAAUUUCACUACAGCUUGCUCUCGUGUUAAACAAUGGGUAGGAAACCUUUUUCAGAGUGACAGCAACUAAUCUAAAUUUCACCUUUGUAUAGUUGGCUAGUUUUACACACACUCAAAUGUACCCCUUUAUCUUCCACCCAGAGAAGUAACGGGUAUCAUCAGAGUUCAAAGACACAUUCCAGUCAGGCAAAGACACUUGACGGUAAUAAUAAUAAUAAUAAUAAUAUAAUAAUAAUAAUAAUUUAUUAUUUAUACCCCGCCCAUCUGGCUGGGCUUCCCCAGACACUCUGGGCGGCUUUCAACGUUCUACAGGGAGGGCGCCACUACUGAGAAGGCCCUCUGCCUGGUUCCCUGUAACUUGGCUUCUCGCAGUGAGGGAACCGCCAGAAGGCCCUUGGGGCUGGACCUCAGUGUCCAGGUAGAAUGAUGGGGGUGGAGACGCUCCUUCAGGUAUACUGGACCGAGGCCGUUUAGGGCUUUAAAGGUCAGCACCAACACUUUCUUUCAAGACCGGUGUUAUACGGUCUCGGCGGCCGUUCCCAAUGUGAAAUAGGACCAGUGAGGGAUGUGGCAGAGGAGGUGUAGCUUGAGAAGAGUCCCACGGGCCAAAUAAAGAAGUUUGGAGGCUGCAUUUGACUCCCAGGCCUGAGGUUCCCCACCUCUGUACUAAACUAUGGUCCACUAAGAUCUGUACUGGGGACUGGUGCUUUUAAACCUAUUAAAUUAUCUGGGGUUAGAUGUUAGUAGUGAUGUGCCCAGGUUUGCCCAUUACCUCGAAUUGCAUUGAUUACUUUAAAAACAGCGUGAAAGCGGAGUGGAAAUAUUUGUGCUAUGACAGAUCUUACCAUAAAACCUCGUUUGCAUCAGAGAAAUAAAGGCACCACGAGAACAAACCUUUUCAAAGGCUUUCUAACCUGAAGUCGUAGGCCAUUAUAUGCUGAAUGGUGAAGAGAAUGGGCAGCCGUUCCACUUUGAGUCCCCCAAGCUCAACUAAGUUUUAUUCACAGUUCUUGCUCAACUUCGUUAUAUUCAUUAAUUUCAACGAGUCUCCUCUGAGUAAAUCUUCACCGAAUAGCACCCUCAGGUGAUCUCUCCCCUGGCAUUUAUGAGCUCUCUCCUUUUUUUUGCUAAUUGUGGAUUCCUCCUCCCUUUCCCUCUGUUUCCAGUUCUUUGUGGUCAUACUGAUUCUCUUCAUAGCAGAAGUGGCCGGUGCUAUCGUGGUGCUGCUUUUCUCUUCUGUGGUAAGUCAGUGCUAGCAUCUGGAGUUUGUGGCUUCUGCAAUUGGAAUUUUGCAGCAAAAGGAUCCCUGACUAGAAGUAGAAUCUGUGUUGUUUACCGACAGGAGGCAACACAACACCACCUCUUAAUUCUCACAUUGUUUCUGGAUUAAGGUUUCCCACUAGCUUCUGAAAAAUGCUGGGGGGGGGGGGAAGCACCAGAUUUAGGGUGAUGGGGGCAGUUUCCCUGCACAGGGCAUACAAGAGUAUGCAAAACUAUGAUAUAGUGGACGAGAGCAUGCACAGUAUGAAAGGGGAGAGGGGGAAGGGUGCCAAAUUUUAUCCUUGCUCAGCACACCAUAUUACAAAAAUCUGCCCCUGGAAAGGGGGAGGGUUAGCACCCCCUUAGCAUAAGCAACAAAGAGUGGCACUUAGUAGCCAGCAGAAGCUAAAUAAUAGUCAUAGUAAUAGUACAGUAAUAGUAAUAAUUUAUUUAUACCCCGCCCUCCCCGGCCAGAGCCAGGCUCAGGAUGGCUAACACCAAUAAAACCACAGUAAAAACAUAAUUUUUGAAUUAUGGUGCUGGAGGAGACUCUUGAGAGUCCCAUGGACUGCAAGAAGAUCAAACCUAGCCAUUCUUAAGGUAAUCAGUCCUGAGUGCUUACUGGAAGGACAGAUCCUGAAGCUGAGGCUCCACUACUUUGGCCACCUCAUGAGAAGAGAAGACUCCCUGGAAAAGACCCUGAUGUUGGGAAAGAUGAUGGGCACAAGGAGAAGGGAACGACAGAGGACGAGAUGGUUGGAUAGUGUUCUGAAGCUACCAGCAUGAGUUUGACCAAACUGCGGGUGGCAGUGGAAGACAGGAGUACCUGGCGUGCUCUGGUCCAUGGGAUCAUGAAGAUGUGGACACAACUAAAUGACUAAACAACAACAAAAACAUAAUGGGGGAAAAGAGAGGGGGGAGAGAAAAGAAAAGAAACCAAUUUAAAAUACAGGUUAAAAUGCAAUUUAAAAUGCAGCCUCAUUUUAAAGUAGCUGAUAAAUCAAGACCAUAAGGGGAGGGAAACAUAAGAGUCAGACUGAGUCCAAACCAAAGGCCAGGCGGAACAGCUCUGUCUUGCAGGCCCUGCGGAAAGAUGUCAGGUCCCGCAGGGCCCUAGUCUCUUGUGACAGAGCAUUCCACCACAUCGGGGCCAGUGAUGAACAGGCCCUGGCACUAGUUGAGACCAAUCUAACCUCCUUGAGGCUCGGGACCUCCAAAGUGUUGUUAUUUGUGGACCUUAAGGUCCUCCGCGGGGCAUACCAGGAGAGGGUAUUAGAAGGGCUAGUGUGUUUUUCUGUGGACUGAAAUUCCAUAAGGUGGGCACCAAAACAAAAACGUCUUUGCUCCAUGCUCAAAUGAUUCUACAGCAAAUGAUGAAAAGCAGAGCAAGGUCUCUCACUUGUUGCCAACAUUAAAUAGUCCUUCCUGAACAAGAAAGGUCUUGUCAACCUUUCCCCAUGUCUCCUCUUUUUUGGGAGUUCUGUCAGUUCCUUAACUCUGUGCAUGAUCCAUUCAUCUUUUCCUGUGGUUCCUGACUUCCUGCUGUCUCCCCAGUCCUUGAGCCUCUCUUCUUCUGGGCCUCCUCCCCACUUACUUUCCUAGCUGUCAGCCUCCAAGUGCGCCCUAUAUUUGUGUUGCCUCCUGCUACAGCACUCUUCUUGGCUGGGCACUAUUUUCUUCAGCCAAAUUGAUCUUUCUAUUCCUAAAGCUGUGUUUCCCCCCAACAUUCUGUUUCAUUAUAUCUGCUGAAUUCAGCAUGUUUGUGAACAUUCCAUGACUUCCAUAGCUCAUCCAGUGUCAGAGAAGAAGGGCAAGCAACAGUUUUAACCUAUUGUAUAAAACAUGAGUGGAAGGAAGUCCUGGUUUUAUGGUUUUUUAUGGAAGUUAUGAUUUUCUUACUCACCUGUUUCCUGGUUGCAGGCAAAUAUAUUUGUUGAGCACUUGCAAAAUUGGGCCCUGAAGACUUUAAAAGAGGACUACGGCAAGCAAGAGGACAUCACAGGAAUUUGGGCAACAACAAUGAAAGAGGUGAGUGAAGUUUGUUGUUGGGGGCACCCAUCUAUCUCGGGAUAAAUCCUAAUUUCUGGUGUUGUAAGACGGAGGUUUUGAAAGAGCCUCCAAAUACUUUUUGAAAUGUUUUGAAAUGUGCCUUGAGCUUUGUGGAUGCCGUAAAACUCAGUCAAGAGAUUUAUUGCUUGACUGGUCAUAAACGCAUCACAGUAGCACUAUUUACAAUCAUUAUAAAAGGUAAAGGGACCCCUGACCAUUAGGUCCAGUCGUGGCCGACUCUGAGGUUGCGGCGCUCAUCUCACUUUAUUGGCCGAGGGAGCCGGCGUACAGCUUCCGGGUCAUGUGGCCAGCAUGACUAAGCCGCUUCUGGUGAACCAGAGCAGCACACGGAAAGGCCGUUUACCUUCCCGCCGGAGCGGUACCUAUUUAUCUACUUGCACUUUGAUGUGCUUUCGAAUUGCUAGGUGGGCAGGAGCAGGGACCAAGCAACGGGAGCUCACCCCGUCGCGGGGAUUCGAACCGCCGACCUUCUGAUUGGCAAGUCCUAGGCUCUGUGGUUUAACCCACAGCACCACCCACGUCCCACAAUCAUUAUAGCAACAGCUUUAACGGCAUAGUUAACUUUCAGUCCCUCUUUCUGUUUUGAACAGCAAGACACAGGCAGACACAGUAUGAUGCAGCAGUCUGCAGACAGCAUCUGUUGGUCAGUCACCUGCAAAAAUCAAAAACGAAAGUUCUUUUAUCGGCACUUCCAGCUGAAGCUGCGCAUGCCCUGAGUACCACUCCCACUUACAUACGACUGUUCUGGGAUCUUCUCCCUGUUUCUGGAUGAAUGACUCCCUAACAGAUAGUCCUUAACUGGUCUCCUUCUGAUUUUUGUGGCAGUUCAACUAUCAUCUGAACAGCUGGUGUAACCAGUUUUGUGAUUGAAGGAAGAUGAACACGUGUGCUUUUUUAAAAAAAUUUUUUUACAGCGAACGUCUUUCUUGACGCUUCCUGUACUGCAACACUAAGGCUGUGUUCACAACACUGUCAUUUACUGUGCACUCACUUGUGUUUCCAGUGCUGGGGUUUUUAAGCCAUUUCCACGGGACGUUGCCCAAAAUGUUUAUGUAUCUUGUACAGUGGUACCUCUGGUUGCGAACGGGAUCCGUUCCGGAGGCCCAUUCGCAACCUGAAAAGAACACCACCCGCCUCUGUGCAUCUGCACACGCGCGGGUCGCGAUUCGCCACUUCUGCGCAUGUGUGUGACGUCAUUUUGCACGUCUGCACAUGCGCGAGUGGUGAAACCCAGAAGUAACUCUCCGGUACUUCUGGGUCGCCGUGGGACGCAACCUGAAAACGCACAACCUGAAGCAAACGUAACAUGAGGUAUGACUGUACUUUGAUUAAGUUACUGCAGCUUGAUGUGUUGUUUCUCAAGCCAGCUUCACAAAGAUUGGAGUCCUUAAGUCAUUCCUAAUUCAAAUAGCCAAGGUGUGCACACCUUUGCAAUUGAUAAAGGCAUUCCUGCCCUGACAGCAUCCCCUGGUGUGAACACAGACAGAAAUAAAUUGAAGCUGUGCUUUUGUGAAGAGCGGGGGGGGGGGGGUUUAGAGCUGUGAAACAUGUUGUGGGGGACAAUUUCAUUGCACUUUAAGGCAGUAAUGCAAGUACACCUUAAGCCCGGCAUCCCCAAACUCGGCCCUCCAGCUGUUUUGGGACUACAACUCCCAUCAUCCCUAGCUAACAGGACCAGUGGUCAGGGAUGAUGGGAAUUGUAGUCCCAAGACAUCUGGAGGGCCGAGUUUGGGGAUGGCUGCCUUAAGCCAACAGAACAGGAAGCUGCUCUGCACAACUGCUCUCCUUAGAUCAGGGGUGGGAAAAUCAUUUGCCCUCCUGAUAUUGUACGACUCCAGCUCCCAUCAUCCCUGACCUUGCUGGCCAUGCUGACAGGGACUAAUGGAACUUGUAGUCCACAUCUGGGUGGGCACCGCAUUGCGUGUCCUUGCCCAAGCAUUUCUUUUUUGUUCAACAGCUGCUUCCCAAUCUCGAAUGUGCAUGCAAUAUAAAAUAGCUACUAUAAAACAAGAUGGUCAUUUCUCUGUUUGUAGCUGAAAUGCUGUGGAUUCAACAACUACACUGAUUUCAACAAUUCCUACUUCUAUCAAACACACACUGAGAAAUACCCCUCCUUUUGCUGCUCAGACAACAAAGAGUGCCAGGAAUCCGAAGUAGACCACGACAAACAGGUAACGGCUUCCCAGAGAUCACAGACUCCAUGCAUUUGUGUAAUUGUGUGCCAUGGGCCACCUAAAAAAAGGAGCUUAAAGCAAACUCAGCCCCAUCAGUCUUUGUGGCAGGGGAAAACAACUGGCAAGCCAGAACCUUCUAGGUCAACUACAACUAAUCUGGAAAGUAAGAAAUGAUAGUAAGAGUUCUCUUCUGUCAAUAGAGAAGAUCAGAGGCUGAAGUUGGAAUCAUCCAUGUGUUACAAUGGGGGACAAGUGUGUGGAGGCUGCUUACAUAUUUCUGAAUGGUGCUGAUAGUGCUGCUAACCAAUGAACUGGUUUAUUUGUAGCAAUGAGUUCCAGAGAUAAUUAGGAUCUGGCAGUAUUCAGAAUGGAUAGUCAACAUAAUUGCAAAAACACAACAUACCCCACCAACCAUGGGUGCUGUUACAGACACACUGAAGAGAUAUUUAUUCCCCAGGUGAGCAAGGGAGGCAAAGUCAGGGCAGCGCAAGAAACAUACUGGCUUCUAUGGUGUCUGUACCAAUAUGCCAACAUAUAUUAACCAAUUUUAAAAAACAUACAAACUUCGUAUAAUCCUCCAAUUUAACCCUCAAAGCAAUAUUUUAUGUUCCAGAGCUCCCAAAUGUGGUGCCUUUAAAGACAUGUAAUAAUUAUUUUUAUAAAAAUGAAUUUCUUAUAGUUAGGAAAAUAGUUAACAAUAUAAUUUAAAUCUCCCCCCCAAAAUUGUUUUUAUUGAAUUUCAGAAUAUUAACAAAGACAAAAAGGGAAAGCCAGUUUCUUAGGCAUACCAAAACUAAAGUAAAUCGAAGUCAUUAGAAUCUAUCAGCUCAUCCAAAAAACCCUCAACUCUUUUCUACCAGACAGAUAAUAAUACACUUUACCAUUAAUGUUGCAGCCUUUUAGAAGGCUCUGUCUUUUGCUGUUAUGCCCUAUUAUUCUUAUUAAGAAAAAUCCAUGAAGUUACAUUUGCUGGCAACCUGAUCCAAGAACUGGUGUGUCUAUAGCAUUACUAAAAGUCAAGAUAUGUAAGCUUAAUAUGGAAGUAUCAGUGGUAGUAAGCAUAUUUCUGAAGCGGUCUCUUUUGCAUAAUGUAUUUAUGUCUCCUUCCAGGGCUGCCUGAAUGAAUUCCAGGUGUUCCUGAGCCGCAAUGGGAAAAUUGUUGGAGGGGUGGCUCUAGCUAUUGGAGUCCUUGAGGUAAGCUCACACAUAUAUGGCUUGAUCACCCCAGGUGCUUCCAGAAGGUCAGCAUUUUGCAUACCAGAACAUUAGGGUUGUGCAGUUUAAAGUGGAUUAAAGGACAUUGUUGUACAAGUCCACAAAACAAGAGCUUUUUGUGGUUUUCAAAAGUGCCAGGGAAAUGCCUUGAAAAGGGUAGGAUGAACAAAUGAUUAAUGGGGAGAUGCUUAACAAUCCCAUUAGCAAAUCAGGAUUGAUGCUCGUUGGCAUAAAACCACCCCAUAAAGAAACCGGAACAAAUGUUCAAUAAAGAUCAGACAUAGUCCAAUGGGACUAUGUUUCUCUAGUCCAGGGGUAGGCAACCUAAGCCAUUCGCCUUCUCAAUCCAGCCCGUGGACAGUCUGGGAAUCAGCGUGUUUUUACAUGAGUAGAAUGUGUGCUUUUAUUUAAAAUGCAUCUCUGGGUUAUUUGUGGGGAAUUCCUUCAUUCUGCCCCCCUCCGCAAAAAAAACAGUACAGUCCAGCCCACCACAUGGUCUGAGGGACAGUGGACUGGCCCACAGCUGAAAAAGGUUGCUGACCCCUGAUCUAGUCCCUACUACACCGCUUGCUAGUGAGCUACUGCACUGCUAGCAUUCAAGGCCCUAAAUGGUUUGGGACCUCAGUACCUCCCCCAAUAUCAACCACCUUGGACUGAUUGUAGAUUGGUGGUGCUGCCAUUAGGAGUUGCCCAGUUGGCAGAGACCUGGGGCAUGGCCUUCUAGGUGGUGGUCCUCUGUUUUUAGUAUGCCCUUUCUAGUGAGGUCCAUCAGUCUUCCUCACUACAGUGGUACCUUGGUUCUCAAAUGCCUUGGUUCCCAAAUGCCAAAAAAUUAGAAGUAAGUGUUCUGGUUUUCAAUCAUUUUUUGGACGCCGAACAACCGAUGCGAUUGUCGGCUAUUGUUUCCAGGGCAUCUGCACCACUCAGAAGCUGUGCCUUCUUUUUCAAACAUUUCAGAAGUCAAACGGACUUCCGGAAUGGAUUAAGUUUGGCGCUUUUGUUUUCGCUAUUUAUUUUGCGUUUUUGUUUUUGAGGCUUUUUUCGGUUAAUUUGUUUUUGUGGAACCCAGUUCAGCUACUGACUGAUAGAUUUUGUGACUGCAGAAAUGGAUAAAAGCCCCCCAUCCAAACAAUGACUAUCAUCAGUGUAGGUAAGGAAAAAAUAAUAAUUUUAAAUUUUAUCAUCUACAAUACCGUCUUAUUUCUUUUAUAGUACAGUACAUUGAUUAUUGCUUUCAUUUUAUGGAUCAAUGGUCUCGUUAGAUAGUAAAAAUCAUUUUAGGAGUUGUUUUUAAAAGUCUGGAAUGGAUUAAUCCUUUUUGCAUUACUUUCUAUGGGAAAGCGCGCCUUGGUUUUGGAACACUUUGGUUUUGGAACGGACUUCCGGAACGGAUUAAGUUUGAGAACCAAGGUACCACUGUACUAACAUUUAGGAGAACUUUAAAAUCACUCCUGUUUACCCGGACAUUUGAUGGUGGAAACUUAUGUCCAUGGCAACCCUGAAAUUAUUAGUUUGAAAGGAGGUGAUUGCUUUUAGGAGUUUUAAACUAUUUUUAGGAGUUUUAACUGUAUUGUUCUAGUACUGACAAGUUUGCUGCCGUGGGCUCUUCUGCGAGAAGGUGCAGGAUGUGUAUAUAAACAGUAUCACUUCCAUGUGAACUUUGUGCAGUCUAUUACCUCCUCCUGCUGUAAUCCAGUUCCCAACUGAUGUGUUUGCAGGAAAUGCUAGCGUCGUGAUGAGAUAGUAAAAAUGGCCAACAGCAUUGUUCCAUGUCUCCCAGGAGGGUCCUGUGUGUAAAAUGCUCCCUCACCUGUCCUUUUGUCCCCUAGCUGGCUGCCCUGGCUGUCUCCUUGAUCCUGUACUGUCAGAUUGGUACAUACGCCUGAAGCAAAAUUGGCUACCUACCGCACAGCUCUGGCUCCAGCUCUUGGCUUCUGCACCAGCCAUGAAAGAGACAUCGCAAGCAUCCUUAUUCAAAGAGCAGAUGCGGCAAUCACUUUUACUGGAUCAAAAGAGCGACAUGAUCCUCAUCCUCAUUCAUAAUUAUUAGCUACUAAUCCAUCACUAAUCAUUAAACCCUAGUUUAACAGUACUUGCUUAAAAAAAAACACCCUGAAAAAAGAUGUACACCUAUUGUUUUGUGCUUCCUUUACCUCACGGAGUGGGAAAUCCAGGGUAGCCUUUAUAUCUGUGGUUGGGAACAUCCAGCCUGUGGGCUAAAUAUGGCCUCCCAGGCCUCUCCAUCUCACCCUUGGGACUCUCUCAGGCCAGCCCUAUUCUGCACCCUCCCUGAAUCUGGCUGGAAUCUGUCCCUCAACAUAAUAAUGCCUCUCAUUUGUGAGGCUAUAAUUUGGGCAGACGUCUCAUUUUUAAGGUCCUUUGGCUCUGGUGUAAUAGAGAAUGAAAAUUUUAUUAUACUUCGUAAAAUGGGUAUCUCACUUGAUUGUGGGAAACCUCAAACCUGCAUUCUUGCUUUCUGAUUUGCGAUGUAGGCUGAAUUGUGUUUUCAUCUGUACAGGCCUGCUAUCGUAUAUGAGGGUGAUCAGGUGUGC